GGUAUAUGUAGUUCACCACAAGAAUGCCUUGGGGUUUUCCUUAAUCCUGUCUGCCAAGGCCUUCUCAUGGCCAUUUCUGGCUCUCAUAAUUUCAUUCUUCAGCUCCUUCCUGCAUUAAGCUAGCUGCUAUCUACCAUGCCACUCAAUUCAAACCCCACUUCAAGUUCAAGUUUAUUGUCAUAGGUGUAUAUACACAGUUUCAGAAACCCCAGAGGACUCUGUCACUUGCCCCAGAGUGUUGGGCUUCUAGUUUUCUCAAACACCAGUAUUUCUAAUUGUUAGAGCCAUAAGGCCCUUGUGCUUUCUGUUUAAUCUUGUUAAGUUAAUUAUGAUUGCAUGGGUUUCCUGCGUCCAAUGGUUAUUUAAAGAGGACUCUUAUUUAGUGCUGGAGCGGAGUCUUUGUGUUUGGAAGAAUGAUUUCUCUUGCAGUGUCGCUCAGUCUUGACUUCAAGGCUCUGUUGGAGUUCCUAUGCCUACCCUCUUGCUUCCAUCCCUCCAUGGAUUUUCUGCCAUUUAUCCACUCCUGGAAUAAGUCAUUGUUGCCAGCGCUCAUGGUGAAAGAUUCUUCCAUUCCUCAGCACACCGUCAUGUCACACAGGACAUAAAUGUCAUGAAAAACUGGCUUUUUGCAGCAACAGCACAGUACAUUAUAACCACGAUUAACCUAAUUAAACAUAAAUUCUCAUAACACACAUAGCUUUGAAUAAUUAUACAUAUACCUUUCCAAGUGUUAUACCCUUACAAUUUUUAUCAAUGCAAUAUCAAAAGAAUUCUAUCUGGAUGACGAACGGCUUGUUACAGCAACAGCUCUGCACAUGAUGAAAGGAAACUACAGAGAGUUGUGCACACAGUUCAGUACAUCAUGGAAAGUCAGCGUCCCCUCCAUAGAUGCUGUCUCCACUUGUCACUACCUCAGUAAAGCAGAUAGCAUAAUCAAAGACCUCACGUUUCCCUGACAUUCUCUCUUCCACCCUUCCCAUUGGGUAGAAGAUACAAAAGCCUGAAAGCACGUCCCACCAGGCUCAAGAAUAGCUUCCAACCUACUGUCUUUAGCCAAGUCAUUAGGUAUAUUGAAAGCAGAAGUUGAUAGUUUCUUGAUUAGUAGGCAUCAAAGGUUAUGGGAAGAAGGCAAGACAAUGGGGUUGAGCAGGAAAAUAAAUCAGUCAUGAUGGAAUGGUGGAGCUGAAUGGGCUGAAUUCUACACCUAUGUCUUAUGGUUAUCAGACCCUUGAAUGGACCUCAUGCAAUAAGCUGGGCUCUUGAUCUCACAAUCUACUCACAAUACUCCUGCAUUUUAUCAUUUACCUGCACCGCUCUUUCUUGAUCGCUUUUAAACUUUAUUCUGCCUUGUUAAUGUUUUACCUUGUACUACUUAAGUGCACGGUGUAAUAAUUUGAUCUGUAUGAAGAUUUUCAUCAUACAUGUCACAGUAAUAAAUAGGUAACAAUAUCAAAUAAUCCUGGGCUCACACCCACUGAAGCCCUUGAUUUUCUCUCCAUUAUCUUCAGUUCCUCCCAGCCAUUUGCAUUUAUUCUACUCUCCAUAAACCUGGGCAGCAGGGUAGCAUUAUGUUCCCACAAUGCUUUACAGUACCAGUGAUCUGGGUUCAAUUCCCAUUGCUGCCUGUAAGGAGUUUGUACAUUCUCACAGUGAUCAAAUGGGUUUCCUCCAGGUGCUCCCGUUUCCUCCCACAGUCCAAAGACAUAUCAGUUGGUAGGUUAGUUGGUCAUUGUAAAUUGUCCUGUGAUUAGGUGCGGGUUAAAUCUAGGGAUUGCUGGGCAGCAUGGUAAGGACCUAUAAGGGGCUGCAUCUCAAUAAAUAAAUGAACCUGAGCCCGUCCAUAAUUUUGCUUACUAACAAGAAGGGUCUGUGGACAUUUAUCCAUAGACACUGUCUGACCUGAUGAGUUCCUCAAGCAUUUUGUGUGUGUUACACUGACCAUAGACACUGUCUGACCUGCUGAGUUCCUCCAGCAUUUUGAGUGUGUUACUCUGUCCAUAGACACUGUCUGACCUGCUGAGUUCCUCCAGCAUUUUGUGUGUGUUACUCUGUCCAUAGACACUGUCUGACCUGCUGAGUUCCUCCAGCAUUUCGUGUGUGUUACUUUGUCCAUAGACACUGUCUGACCUGCUGAGUUCCUCCAGCAUUUUGUGUGUGUUACUCUGGACUUACAGCAUCUGCAGAAUCUCCUCUGUUAUCCAAGUAUGUAUGCAUUACCUUGAGAUUUGUUUUCUUGUAACAGGAACCCAUCAAUCGUUCAGUUCCCCGCCCCCCCCCCCACCACCACCACUACAUACUCCUCACACAGACUCUCAGCACUCUUCACUACCCCCUCUCACUGCCACUUUAUGCUUACGUAGUGAUCAUGCCCCAAUUGACUCCCGUUCAUCUAGGGUAAACUGAUACCGACCCUGCCAACUAUGUACCCCUGGUUGCUAUGUAUCCGCUGGGGAAGGCCAUAAUGCAAAAAUACUUCUCCCAUAGCACCUUUGCCACCGUAGUUGUCCUUUGAUCCUUGGUAGGGAAAGCUUGAGCGUACCUGGAGUAGUGGUCCGUGAUGACGAAGACAUUCGCCGUGUUGCUGCUAUUGGGUUCUACAGCCAGGAAAUCCAUGCACACCAGAUCCAAAGCCCCCGCACUCUACAAGUGCAACAAAGGAGCAGCCUGCACAGGCAGCGUCUUCCGGCGUAUGCAACGUAUGCAGGACUUGCAAUACUCGUCGACCUCCGACCUCAUUCUGGGCCAAUAAAACUGGUCCUUGAGCAAUCCAUAGGUCUUCUCCACCCCCAAAUGUCCAGAGUCAUCAUGCAGUGACUUCAUCACAAACCUCCAGUACUUCUCAGGCAGGUCCAGCUGCCAAUGCUGAGGUCGGUCCGGGGCUGACGUUACCAGGUAUAACAUUUGGUUCUUCAGCCUCAACCGAGGCCAUUCUUUCAGUGACAGAGACACUGAGCCGUGUUGUGUCUUCUCCACCCGGGCCAUGUCCCCCUUCUCAGCUGCGUACCGAAUAGUGCCAAUGCCAGGGUCAUCUUGCUGAGCAGCUGCCACUUCCCCAGGACUCAACUCUGGCAGCUGUGGGGUCUUCAGAGCAGUCAGGUCACAGUAAACUAGGGGUAGGGUGUCAUCGGACACCCCUAUUGGGUCCACCGUGUGAUCUGGCCUCUCCUUUUCCUCAGCCUGCACAGUGAUAGCAAACUGACACAUGGCCUUCACCCCGGAUGCAGGAACACUCUUCCACUCUUCUUCCCCCUGCAGGACCUUGUGCCUCCAUCGGUACAGAGCGUCCACAUCAACAUUUCAGCUCCCCAGCCAGUACUUCAGACUGAAAUCAUACGGAUAACACUGCCAACCACUGACGGCCAGUGGCAUCCAGUUUCGCUGAGGUCAGGAUGUAGUUGAGCGGGUUGUUGUCAGUCUUCACCUCAAACUUGGCCCCAUAGAGAUAGUCACUCAGCUUAUCCACCACCGCCCAUUUCAAUGCCAGAAACUCCAAUUUGUGAGUGGGAUAGUUUCUCUCAAAGGGCGACAAACUGCGGCUGACAAAUGCUAUAGGCAUCAACCCAUUGCCAUGAUCCUGAUACAAGACAGCCCCUAACCCCUCACAGCUGGCAUCUCCUCUAAGUUUCUUGACCCCUCUUCCACUUGGGACACCCAUGGACUCGCUCUCUGGGGGGCUCCCUGCCAUUCACAUUCCUGCCUGAAGUGCCUCUCUUCCCCACAGUUAUAACAUAAGGGGCCCCGACCUCCCCUGGGCCGAUGUGCAGUCCAUCCCUUCCGGGAGGGGCCCUCUGUGCUAUCCCCCUCCCUCAGACGGACCCCACCUGCUGCGACCCCUUUACUGUCUCCGGAGGGGAGCUGGCCCUGGCCCACAAGGGGCUACUACCGAGGACUGCACCGUACUAACGGAGCCCUCUUCCGACUCCAAUGCAUCCUCCUCCUCCCUCACCUCUCUGAGCAAAUGAACGAAGGAUGGGGGGGGAUGCCUUCUACGGGACUGCCGGAGACUGGUAGCGAUCAUAUCAUGCCUCUGUGCACCCCUAGCUACCUGGUCUACCCUUAUCUGAUCCACCUCAGUCCCCGAAAUGACACCCCCCCCCCCAGUGCCUCAAACAAUUUAGCCUUCACUCUAUCCGGAAAAGAUACUCAGAAAGCUUUUCCCCUUCCUCCUGACACAGGUUCCGAAGCCCCCCCAAAAGCUCCACCGUGCUCCCCGUCAGGCCAAAAGCCUCCUCCAAUGCUUUUAGAUACUCAAUCAGAGAAGCAAAGGGCUGGUUAACUUUCACGCCUCUUACUACCUCAGCUGCUACCCCUCUCAAACUUUCCACCAAUCUCUGUCGCUUUUCUUCCUCAGACCACUGCAACUCAUCCAGCAGCUGAGAGACAUGUUCUAUCCAGGUCUUAUAAUCAUCCUCCCUGAGAAAAUUCUCAACUUCUGACAAGGACCUGCCGCCUUGUUCACCAGGGUGUUAAUGGCAGAGACCAACUCUGAGCCUUCAUCCUUCCAUGGGGGAUGGGGACUAAUUAAAUUUUCCAAAUCUGACCACUCCCUUCUUUCAUCUCUCAGAACCGAUUGGACCCAAUCUCUAAAAUCUCUGCCUCCAGCUUCAGGCAACUCCUCUGGUGUCCCAUUGGACCCUUCAGACUUUCUGCUGUGAUAAUGUGAAUGCCUCAUGGCCCCGCCUCACUGGGGUCACCGAUAGACAGUGGCAGUCCCACCACCGUGACAUCAGCACUAGUCUGAACUAACACAAAGCCUGGGUCCACCAUUUAUGGAAAACAAAGUUCAUUAUAUUAAAAAAUCUGCUGUCAUGAACAGUUCUAACGAGUUAAUGCAGUUGAAAUGAGUUCACGAGUCGGAAGGAGACGCUGAAAUUGCCGGUAGACCGAAGGAGGGUUGAACCAUGGAAUCUCACUACCCGCUGAACUUGCUCCACCAUGCUCCCUGCUAGUCUGCUUCUAAUAGCCGUGCUAUUUGCCUGGGUGCUGGUGGACGGCUUGAACACAGCAGGAGGGAGGAAGCUGGCGGAGACGGUUGCCAGGACAGACGCCCUCCAUCCCCUUCCUGACCUGGAGGCUGCCCACGCAUUGCGCAGGACCCUGCUGAGCAGGUUCGGACUAGAGAGACUCCCAGAGCUCAGCGGCCAGGCUGUCGUCCCUCAGCAUAUGUGGGACCUAUACCACUUCCACACCGGGAACUACGCUGCAGUGAAGGACUCCAGCUUCAUUGCCCUGGAGCACCGCACUUCAGGAACCAACACAUUCCGCUGCUUCCAUCACCUGGAAGACCAGGAGGAGGGACCACGGUUGGAGGGAGCGAACCUGCAUCAGAUGGUCUUCAACCUGACAGCCAUUCCAGUUGGCGAGCAAAUCAUCUCAGCCGAGCUGCGUCUUUACAGCGAGUAUGAUGGCUGGGCAGAUGCCAGGCACCAGAGGGUCGGUGGAUACCACCUCUGGCAGGUUCUGCCUCAGCAAGCGGCUCACCGACUACUGGAGAGGCGGCAGUCCCCUGCCAACCAGUCCCAGUGGGAGGUCUUUGAUGUGGGCCAGGUGGUGGAGGAGUCCAGGAGGAUGGGUGAGGGGCUUGUGGGCUUCCUGGUGAAGGUGGGAGAAGCUGGAGGUGACACUGGGCCGCUGAGGGUCAGCAGGUUGCUAAGGGGUAUGGAGGGGAGCUGGCCUCUGCGAAGACCACUCCUGGUUACCUAUGGUCUGGAUGGGAAGGGAUUCCCUCUGCAUUCCAGGCCGGAGCAGUCCAGACGCAAAAGGAAUUCCGGGAGAGGUUGGGGCCGGAGCCAAUGCCGGCGGAAGCCACUGUAUGUGGAUUUCAGGAGAGUGGGCUGGACUGAGUGGAUCAUUGCUCCCCGGGGCUACAACGCCUUCUACUGCCAAGGAGACUGCCGCUUCCCACUGGCUGACCACAUGAACUCCUCCAGUCAUGCAAUUGUACAGACCCUGGUCCAUGCAGUCAAUGGCAAGGUGCCCAGGGCUUGCUGCGUACCCACCGAACUCAGCCCCGUCGCCAUACUGUACCUGGAUGAAGAGGAGAGGGUGGUCCUCAGAAGCUACCAGGAGAUGGUGGUGGAGGGCUGCGGGUGUCGCUGAGGGUCACAGGGCAGCAGGCAAUUGGGGGGGGGUGUUACAGA